GGCGGGGCGCUAGAGCAGGGCGGGCGGGCCGAGGGCCGGGAUUGAGGCCGUGGGUCGGGUGACGGGCGGGCUCGUCACGCGCGGCCGUCGGAGCGGGCCGAGCUCGCCUCCGCGCGGUCUUGGGAGGAUGCGGCCCGGGGCCCCGGGGCGGGGCGGGCGGCGGCGGCGGCAGUGCUAGCGGCGCAGGGGUGGCGGCAGCGGCAUGAGGCGCGGGGCCGGCGCCCGCGGGAGGGAGGCGCUGCCGGCGGCCCGGCUGCUCGCGCUGCAGCUACUCGCCGGGCUCGCCGGGCCCUGCUCUCCGGGCCCCGGCCGCUCUCGUCGCGGCCGCUGCCCGGGCCGCUGCUGGUGACCACUCGCCGCGCGCCGGAGGGUUCACCCGCGCCCUCCCUCAGGACGCGCCCGCGGAGCUCCGGCCCUCGCCCGCUCGCGGAGCCGCCUGUGCGCCGGCGGCGAGGCCGGAAGAUGGCCUGGGUGCUCAAGAUGGACGAGGUGAUCGAGUCCGGGCUGGUGCACGACUUCGACGCCAGCCUCUCGGGUAUCGGGCAGGAGCUGGGCGCCGGCGCCUACAGCAUGAGUGAUGUGUUGGCAUUGCCCAUUUUCAAGCAAGAAGAUUCCAGCCUUCCAUUGGAUGGUGACACUGAACACCCCCCCUUUCAGUAUGUGAUGUGCGCUGCAACAUCACCAGCAGUAAAGCUGCAUGAUGAAACGCUCACUUACUUGAACCAAGGUCAGUCUUACGAAAUUCGGAUGCUAGAUAAUCGGAAAAUGGGAGAUAUGCCUGAGAUCACUGGAAAAUUGGUAAAGAGCAUCAUAAGAGUUGUAUUCCAUGACAGACGGCUACAGUAUACAGAGCAUCAGCAACUUGAAGGUUGGAAGUGGAACCGCCCAGGAGACAGACUUCUUGACUUAGAUAUUCCAAUGUCUGUGGGAAUCAUUGACACAAGGACAAAUCUGAGCCAGUUAAACGCGGUUGAAUUUCUGUGGGACCCUGCAAAACGCACAUCUGCUUUCAUUCAGGUACACUGCAUCAGCACGGAAUUUACACCACGGAAGCAUGGAGGUGAGAAGGGAGUGCCUUUUAGGAUCCAGGUGGACACCUUUAAGCAGAAUGAAAAUGGAGAAUACACAGAUCAUCUACACUCAGCCAGCUGUCAAAUCAAAGUUUUUAAGCCUAAAGGUGCAGACAGGAAACAAAAAACUGACCGAGAGAAGAUGGAGAAGAGAACUGCUCAUGAAAAAGAAAAGUACCAGCCGUCCUACGACACCACGGUGCUCACAGAGUGCUCUCCGUGGCCCGACACCCCUGCAGCCUAUGUGAACAGCAGCCCUUCGGCAGCACCUGCCUUCACGUCCCCACCCCAAAGCACGUGCAGCGUCCCUGACAGCAAUUCCUCUUCCCCAAAUCAUCAGGGAGAUGGCGUUUCACAGGUCUCUAGUGAACAACUUCAGUCUUCAGCCACGAUCCAGGAAACACAACAGUGGCUGCUCAAAAACAGAUUCUCUUCCUAUACAAGACUGUUUUCAAAUUUUUCAGGUGCCGACUUACUAAAACUGACAAAGGAGGACUUAGUACAAAUUUGUGGUGCAGCCGAUGGCAUUCGGCUCUAUAAUUCACUGAAGUCCAGGUCGGUCAGGCCCCGUUUAACCAUCUAUGUCUGCCGGGAGCAGCCAAGCAGUGCGCCCCUGCAAGGGCAGCAGGCUGCAGGCAGCGGAGGCGAGGAUGGUGGCACGACACCCUACGUUUAUCAUGCAAUCUACUUGGAAGAAAUGGUUGCCUCAGAAGUUGCUCGAAAACUUGCGUUGGUGUUUAAUAUUCCUUUCCACCAAAUUAACCAGGUUUACAGACAGGGUCCUACUGGCAUUCACAUUAUUGUUAGCGAUCAGAUGGUUCAGAACUUCCAAGAUGAGAGUUGUUUUCUAUUUUCCACAGUGAAAGCUGAAAAUGGUGAUGGUAUCCACAUAAUUUUGAAGUGAUGUCUUACAUAGUCUGAACUAUAUUCAGUACCAAAUAAAGUCACGCUUAAAAGUGUGUGAAGACUGAAUCCAAGAAGUCUUGGGAUCGUAUUUUACCGUAUGAAAUGUUUCAUAUUGAAAACACAAGAUGACCUUUCUAAUGAGCUGUAUGAGGGGCGAAUCUCCUCACUGUCACUGCCAUAGCCCAGAGUCCCCCAGAGAGCAAGCUCUUCGGGACAGCGUGCGUGCAGCUUGGUGGCCACCAUGCAGGCAGGGCUGCCUGCUCCUCUGGCAGAGGCCAGUAGAUGCAGUUCCUGGAAGCAGUCUUUGCUGUCUUUUACACUGUAUGCAGUUUGGAAGUGAAUGUGAAAAUGCACUGUGGGCAUUUACCUUUCUCUGCCAGUUUGGUUUAUAUUGCCUGAACCUUACACUGACCUGGGAUGGGUGGGUGGGCAGCGCCGUUGUGGAGCCAACAUGGAAUCUUUCUGCAUAGAGACACCGUGUACGGUGAUCGGUGGUCAGGUAAGAGGUUGGCAGCUUCUUAGAGGAAAUCAUGUCUAGAGUGUGUGUCUGAUGUGAUCAUGCUAGGUCAUUGAUCCACACUGGGAAGAUGGGCUUGAAGCAAACUGCAUGGUCAGGAGUACCGUGGUGGAGAGGGUCAGUAUAGAUCCUAAUAGGUACAAAGACUUCUGUGUUUUGCUUUGCCUCAGAUUUAUUGAAAACCUUUGUGCUUCUGCUUCCAGUUUUAGCAUUUUGUUUCUGUUUUCAUUUUGGGAUCCCCAAUGCUUUUUAAACUCAUGUGGUUCUCUGUCUCUCUCCCCCACUUCUCACCUCAGCCUGCACCGUCCUGUUUUUAGAGCCCCACCCAGACAGAAAUAAGUGACUUACUCAGCAGGGGAAAAAAGUGUGACAGUUUCUGACUUGGUGUUAAGGGGUCUUUGUUAUCAGUAAGUUGUAAUUGUUUAUGGUACACUAGAUAUCAUAAACCAAACACUAAAUUGUAUCAUAAAAGCUCCUUAUAUUUCUCAAAUUUUUAGCUUCAGUACAAUCAUGGGUAAACAUUCUGGUGACUAGAGGUUUUUUAAUGCUCCACAUACUAGCUUCUUUUUCUAUAAAAAGAGUGCCUCUUUCACAAAACCAAAUGCUUGUCUGCCAGAAUGCUUUUCAAAGGAAGCCCACUGUUCUGUUUUUCCUGCAAUCUUCCUUUUUUCCCUUCACCCACACAGCCUUGCAUCAGCAAGCAGUUUUGAGGCCUGUGGUGUAGCAGACCCCAAUUCUUAAAAAAUUUUAAACUUGGAGGCCAUUUUAAUUAUAGCAUCACUAUCCAUUUACCCAGGUGUCUUGGUUUUGAAUGUAUUUGAUCUUAUCUUUGUUCAGCAGAAAUAGGAAUGAGUAAUUAUGAGUUUGAAAUCUCAGAAGAUGAACUACUUCAGUAGCUUUGAUAUUUUAUGUUUCGUAAAGGGGGUUCUUUGAUAUGAAGCACUGACUCUUAAGUAUUUCCACCUUACUUUUGAAGAUAUCUAACUUCUCUAUGCCCUAAAGCAGGAGAGCUUUCCUGUCAUGUCCUCCUUUGCUUUUGUAUGACCACAUGUUUUCUGUACCAAUCACUUGAAAGAAGUGAGCUUAUCUCUUGGAGUUUGUGCUUGUCUAUUUAGCAUUCCUUUUUGAGUCUCAAGAUUUAUGGAAUGAUAAAUGUCAUUUAAUGCUGUGUGCUAUUUUGAACUCCUCAUCACAGUUUAGAAGUGGGAUAAAAACAAAAGCUCAUCAAACUUGAAAUUAAACCAAGAGGCAUUGAACAUUAGUCUGUCCAAGUGAAACAGGUAAAAUUACAGCACCAGCAGAUUUGCUACUUUGUUUUUUUAAUAGUAGGAUGUAUACAUUUCAGUGUAAUAAAUGUUUUCUGAUUGUUUUGCAAA